AGUUCAAUCAUCUGUCGUCUGUUGUGUAAUGUUAUUGUGUGAUGUUGUGUUUGUUACUAGAUAGUAUGUUAAUAAUGUAUAUUCAUUAUUAUUGCAUAAAAACUUAAGUCUAACAAAAGGUUUUGGGAACUAAAUGACAAAUUUAACACAUAUAUUUCACCGUACUAUUAUAUUCUUCAAGAUAUAUUUGACCGAUAAUGAAUUUCUGUAACAUAUGGAAACAUACGUAUCCCAACAAAAGGAACUUUAACCUAGGUCUACGACUUAGUCCUUGUUAUGCCUGAACUAGUAGACAGUACAAUCCAAGUUGAAAUGCAAAAAUUAUUGGGAAUUGGAUGAUACUGAUUUUAUAUACAGUUCAUGUUUAAAGAGUAGCACAAUGGUGGUUGCGUCUUCAUCUAAGAGGUUCAGAUCAUUUAUGUUUGGUAUACUGUUUGCAUCUGUGACCUGGUCAAUAAGUUUAUAUCUGUAUUGGAGACUGACUCACAGCACAUCUGAUUUCUCUUCUACAAGAAAACCUUCACCUUUGCAUCAAGACUUUGUUCACAAUGACAUUGUUAUUCCUUAUGAAAAUGAUGAAAAGAAGCUCAAAAGAUCAAUGAGUAAAUAUUAUCCUCAAAAUAAAUAUAAAAACAGUGAAGCCCUUAUAAAUAAAUUAAAACCAGAAAUAAUUAAACCCAGAAUAGAAAUUGAUAAAGAUUUAGCCACCUUAGGCUAUGUUAAAACUGCAGAGGACUUAAGAAUUCGAGAUGAGGGCUAUAAGCUUUUCGGCUUUAAUGCUUUAGCAAGUCGAAAUCUAAAUUAUCACAGAAAAGUACCAGAUACUCGUCAUAAAUUGUGUCAGUCCCAGACUUACAAUAAUACAUUACCAAAUGCAAGUAUAGUAAUUUGCUUCUACAAUGAGCAGCUGGAUACUCUAGCACGCUCUAUCCACAGCAUUCUAGAUAGGACUCCUGUGCACCUUUUACAUGAAAUCAUAUUAAUCGAUGAUUACAGUGAUAUAGUUGAUGUUUUGGAUUCAGAUGGGCUCUACAGUAAGGUUGAGAAGUAUAUUGGUGAAAACAUUCCUCAUAAAAACAAGGUGUUACUUCAUCGAACCUCUCAGCGUGAAGGCUUAAUUCGAGCAAGACUAGAAGGAGCAAAAUUAGCAACUGGCGAGGUUUUGGUGUUUUUGGACAGUCAUAUUGAAGUAAAUGUUCAGUGGCUUGAGCCUUUACUGUCAACAAUUUCUGCAAAUCGAACAAAUGUUGUAACUCCUAUAAUUGAUAUUAUAAAUGCAGAUACUUUUGAGUACAAACCAUCUCCAUUGGUGAGAGGUGGUUUUAACUGGGGUUUACAUUUCAAAUGGGAAAAUCUUCCUAUUGGAUCUCUAGUGAAUGAAGAGGAUUUCAUCAAACCCAUAAAGUCACCAACUAUGGCUGGAGGAUUAUUCGCUAUGGACAGGCAGUACUUUUUUGACUUGGGAAGUUAUGAUCCGGGAAUGAAUAUUUGGGGAGGAGAAAACUUGGAGAUAUCUUUUAGGAUAUGGAUGUGUGGGGGAUCUCUGCACAUAAUACCUUGUUCUCGAGUAGGUCACGUGUUUCGUAAACGGAGACCUUACUCAGCUCCUGACGGAGAGGACACGAUGACAAGGAACUCACUUCGAGUUGCUCAUGUCUGGAUGGACGACUAUAAGGAAAAAAUAUUUAAUAUGCGACCAGAAAUGUUGAAAACUAGUUAUGGAGAUGUAACUGAAAGAUUAAAUCUUCGCAAACGUCUCAACUGCAAGUCUUUUUCUUGGUACUUGGACAACAUAUACCCUGAAUUGGAGGCUGGAACUGCAGACAAGGCUGUCUCUGUAUCCAAGGUGGAACAGCCAGUCUAUCAGCCUUGGCAUUUGAGGAAAAGAAAUUAUAUUGCUCAAUACCAGGUUUGUGUAUAGUGUAGCUGCUCAACU